CUUUUUAUGCCCUGUUUGCCUGUAGCCUUAAGAAAUGGCUGAGUUGGAUGUGGAAUCUUCAGCUAUAUCUGUGAAAACUAGAAAUCGUACCUUAGAACCAAUUACUAAGGCAGGGUACAUGGAUGGAGCAGCUGAUGGCCAGGCUUCAGUUUACCAAUCUAGCUUUGAUGUAGGCUAUCAACAAGGUUUACACUAUGGAAUUAAGUUUGGAUUGCAUGAUGCGCAGAACUGGCUAAAAAAUUCAAAUCUACCUAUUGGAAAUCAAGAAAUGAGAAGUGUAAACUGUCAAAUAUGUUCAAACAGCACUGUGCCACAGCAAAACAUAGUAAAUCUUGUAAAUGAACAAAAGGAGCAAAAUGAUAAAUACCUAAAAGAUAAAGAAUGUCAAUAAU